CAUCUAUGUAACCAGCUUCGGUCCUGUAUCUGACGUGGAAAUGGAAUAUACGAUGGAUGUUUUCUUUCGGCAAACUUGGAUUGAUGAGAGGUUGAAAUUUGGUGGGCCCACCGAAAUUCUGAGACUGAACUAUUUGAUGGUCAGUAAAAUCUGGACCCCAGACACCUUUUUUAGAAAUGGGAAAAAGUCCAUUGCUCAUAAUAUGACGACCCCAAACAAACUUUUCAGGAUAAUGCAGAACGGGACAGUUCUCUAUACAAUGAGACUUACCAUUAAUGCGGAUUGUCCAAUGCGUCUGGUAAACUUCCCUAUGGAUGGGCAUGCUUGUCCACUGAAAUUUGGGAGCUAUGCCUAUCCUAAAAGUGAGAUGAUUUAUACCUGGAAAAAAGGACCACUGUAUUCAGUGGAAGUACCACAAGAGUCUUCCAGUCUUCUCCAGUAUGAUCUUAUAGGACAAACAGUUUCUAGUGAAACAAUUAAAUCUAAUACAGGUGAAUAUGUAACAAUGACUGUUUAUUUCCACUUACAAAGGAAGAUGGGCUACUUCAUGAUACAGAUCUAUACCCCUUGCAUCAUGACAGUCAUCCUUUCCCAGGUGUCUUUCUGGAUCAAUAAGGAGUCUGUUCCAGCUAGAACUGUUUUUGGGAUUACUACUGUCCUAACAAUGACCACACUGAGUAUCAGCGCCCGCCACUCUUUACCCAAGGUGUCUUACGCUACCGCCAUGGAUUGGUUCAUCGCUGUGUGCUUUGCCUUUGUCUUCUCUGCGCUUAUCGAGUUUGCGGCUGUCAACUACUUCACCAAUCUUCAGACUCAGAGAGCAAUGAGGAAGGCAGCCAGGGCAGCCGCACUAGCAGCCGCCCUCUCUGCAGCUACCGUACCGGCGGAGGAUGAGAUAGUCUCGCCCUCCAGUGCCAACUGCAAUCUGAAGAAGCGGAUGAAUCCUAUGAUUUCUCAAACAGAACAGUCUCCUGAAGCAGGCCUAUUGUGCAGUAGUGCAUCUCAAUGUCAGCCACCAUCUGUUCCUUCACCAUCACCACCACUUCCCCCAUUUGGAGGGACAAGUAAAAUAGAUCAGUACUCUCGGAUUCUCUUCCCAGUGGCAUUUGCAGGAUUCAACCUAGUAUACUGGGUGGUUUACCUUUCCAAAGACACAAUGGAAUUUUUCGAACCUACUGCAAUGCAUCUCCAAAAUGACCAUCAACCCAACUUAUAAGUACAAACUUAGGAGUGAUAGAGGAGAGAAUGACUUGAUGGGC